AUGGGAAGAAAUAUUUCAGUAGCAGUGUUGCUCAUCUUACUGGCAGGAGCUCAGUCUCAGCACAGUGUAGCUCUCUCGUCUCGGAGCCUCUGUGCUCUUACUGGAUCUACAGUAAAAAUCCCCUGCAAAUAUACAUCUAGUUCCUCCAGUGUCAGAGCGAGAGAGUGGUAUCAGGUCCAGAGAUCUGAUGGAGAACCACAAGACCUGAGUAAAGAUCCUCAAUAUUUAGGACGAGUGUCUGUAAGCACACAGUGGAAUGACUGUACACUGACAAUGAACAACGUGAAAGUAAGUGACUCUGGAGUUUAUAACUUCAGAUUUAGAAUAUGGAGUAGAGAAUGGAUAUCUGCUUCAUCUGGAAUUACUCUAACUGUUACAGAUCUGAAGGUUACGAGACCAAACACAUAUAGAUGGAGAACCACACUGAACUGCAGCUCCACCUGCACGCUGCCCAACAACCCCACCUACAUCUGGUACAGGAAUGAACAGCCUGUAUAUAACCAGGACACUAAUGAACUGUAUAUGUAUGACUAUAGUGCAGGCAGCUACUCCUGUGCUGUAAGAGGAUAUGAGGAGCUCCGCUCUCCUGCUGUCUGUGUUUAUGGAAAGGACAGCUGCUGGAGUGUAACUUACGUCACCCAGAGCAUCUGUGCUCUGAUUGGUUCAUCAGUGGACAUACGCGGUUACUACACCUUCCCGGAUCAGCAGCCCACCCCCCAACCUGCCUGGUACGCCAGACUCCACCUACAGGUCACAGAGCUGAGUCAUGCUGAUGACCGAGUGGAGGUUUUCAGUCACAGAGCUAAUGUGAACACACUAAGACUGAAACAUCUCACAGAGAGUGACUCAGCAGAAUAUCUCCUCCGAUUUAAAGCCCCCUACAUGAUACACACAGACAGCUCUGCUGGUGUGUCUCUCUCUGUCACAGGCCUGAAGGUGAAUGUGGACUCUCCAGCAGUCCCAGGAUCAGAGGGACAGACAGUAACACUGAGCUGCAGCUCCACCUGCACUCUGCCCUACAACCCCACCUACAUCUGGUACAAGAACGGACAGCGUGUGUCUCACUGCACAUCUGUCUCCUGCUCUGUAUCUGCAGUCAGGGAUGCAGUCAGUUAUAGCUGUGCUACUGAAGGCAAUGAGAACCUCCUCUCUCCUCCUGUGUAUGCCCCUAGAAACACCAGAGCAUUGAUGGUUUCCUCUGGAGAGAGAGUGGAGGGAGAUUCAGUGACUCUGACCUGCAGCAGUGAGGCAAACCCUCCUGUUCUCACCUACUCCUGGUUUAAGCAGAGAGCAGCUGCAGACACACUGCUGCCAACAGUUCAGAAUUACAGCAUCUCCAACAUCAGCUCCCAGCACAGUGGACUCUACUACUGCACUGCUCACAACCAGCUGGGACAGCACAACUCCACCACCACCCUUCUGGAUGUGUUAUAUCCCCCUAGAAACACCAGAGCAUUGAUGGUUUCUUCUGGAGAGAGAGUGGAGGGAGAUUCAGUGACUCUGACCUGCAGCAGUGAGGCAAACCCUCCUGUUCUCACCUACUCCUGGUUUAAGCAGAGAGCAGCUGCAGACACACUGCUGGCAACAGGCCAGAAUUACAGCAUCUCCAGCAUCAGCUCCCAGCACAGUGGACUCUACUACUGCAACGCUCACAACCAGCUAGGACAGCACAACUCCACCACCACCCUGCUGGAUGUGUUAUACCCUCCCAGAGUCCCGUCUGUUACUGACCGUGUGUCUGGUGACUCGGUGACACUGCUGUGCUACAGUGACUCCAACCCCAUCAGUAAUUACUCCUGGUACAAGAAGACAGGAAGUGGUGUUAUAUUGUUGGGAAACAGCACCAAUUUAACUUUGGCUACAGGAGCAGUUGGACUUUUCUUUUGCACAGCUCUGAACCAAUUUGGAUCAUUGGACUCGUCAGAAUAUUCAGUUCCAACAGGGAACCCAGCUGGGACAUACGCAGUUUCUGGAGUCACUGUGGGUUUGUUUCUGACUCUCACUGCUGUGUGUCUAUGGAUGAGGGGGCGAACCACAGCUGUCAGCAGCAGGAGUGAGGAGACAAGCGCAAAACGUGAUUCUAUUCCUGUAUAUGAUAACGUCUCAGCCCUGGACAUGCCCUCUGACCCCACAAAUGACGAUAUUCUCUACUCCAACAUUAAUUUCACACGCUGCCACACACAGGAAGUAUCUCUCUACUCUACUGUUCAACUAACAAUGGCUCUUAGUCAAGAAGAGGAAACUGAGUAUGCCAGAGUGAAUUUCUCUGCCUGCAAGGACGAAACCCACAUCUACAGCACAAUCUCAAGAACAUGAGAAGAAAAUCCUCCACCAACCAUCAAUCUCCAGUCCUGCGUGAAAAUGAGAAAAGUGCCAGCAGUCUUCCACCUCCUCCAAACACAUAUGAAAUUGGUACAAACUACAUUUAAAAUCUUGCUGGUGAUUUUGAUUUAUUUUAGGGAUCAGUCAGGCAGGGUAUUAUUGCAAACUGGACCAAGAUACACAUUAUAAAAUGUUUAUGACAUUAUUUUAUGUAUCAUUUAUUACAUUUAGCCACAGAUUGCUUACCACUGCAAGAAGGAUGGUUAGAAACUCUGCAUGUUAUAUACAUAUACAAACAUGUCAUAAACAUGUAUUUCAUGUCAUAGACAUGUAGAAUAAUAAUGAUACACCAGCCCACAGUAACAGGACAAACUUUAAUUCACUUCACUGCAUUCAAGAAUCUCGGUUCUCUUUGUAAUAUUACCACACAUGAAGAUGUUCUCUGCAGUGCAGUGACCAGUGUCCAGUGACCACUGUACAUACACAGUACUGCAUAAUUCACUGUCCAUGACAUUAUGAUGAUGUUUCCCUACCAUUGUUUCAUUCUCAUUGAUUAGUUUUUAGUACAAUGUGGUAUCUUGAGAGGUGACUGGCUAGAAUGAAUGUCCUUGAAGGUUUUAAUUUUAAUUAUUUAUUCAGACAAAUAUUUUUAACACAGCAUUCCCAGGUCACAGAGUAACAUUCCCAGGUCCCAGGUCACAGAGCAGGGGGUCUAAUAGCCUUCAUUCUUGAAUCCUGUACAACAUGUGACUGUUCCACUUAGAGUUGUUGGGUAGCUGAACACUGUACUUUAAAUUCAGAACGAGAGAUCUAAAUCGUCCUUUCACCCAGUCGGCCCUGGAAACAGAACUCAGCACAGAUGUAAUGGCACGAUCUACUCACUGGGUGGCAGCAGCGAUGUGAUAAGACCCUCAAAGCCGAUUGUGCAGAGCGUGUCCCAUAUGGAUAAGAUUUAACAUUUGCUUGUUUAUAUUACAGUACAUUUUCCAUGUCUACUCUGUAUUUGCACCGAAGCCAAAUAUGCCUGAAAUAUUUCUGUAACAUUUAUCACAAAAGGCUUCACACUUCUUGCACUCAGUAAAUGAUUUAAAAAUUGUAAAAAUGACUUUUGUGGAAUUCAUUCUUU